GACGCUGGACAGCAGCUAAGCUCUUAGCUGGAAGUGCCCGGCUCGGGAGGAACCGGGAAGUUUGGAGCGACCGCCCACCCACCGGCCGGCCGGCUCCGGGUGGCCCUGGGAGCCCGCAUCCCCGCGCUUAGGAGUCGGCGCUGCUGCAAGGGACCUCAACAAUACAGCAAGAGAGCUGCUAAAUGUUUAACCUUGUCAAGUGGAGAGAAGGCUGGACUUAGUAGCAAGAAGACUCAGUUUCUGAUCAAGAUGUCUGAGAUCGCCAAAGACAAGGCUUUUCGGUUACUGAAGAAAAGAGGCAGUAUGUCAUCAGUGAACAGCCCUGACAUCAAGAUGAAGGAGAUCUAUGGAAGAGCCAAAGAUUCAAUGAGUACUGUGUCUUACAUGGAUGAGCCCAGCCACCGGGAUGAUGCUUCCCACUUGGCAGUUCAGAUGGAGAACACCUAUCAGCUGGGUCCUAGCAAAUGUUUUCCUGUGGAUGCUGUCAAACACAUUUUGAAGGAUGUACUAACUAAUUAUCUACAAGAAGAAAAAUAUGAACCUGAAUUGUGUAGACAGAUGACUAAAACAAUAGCUGAGGUUGUUAAAGCCAGAGUAAAAGAUCUCAUGAUUCCAAGGUACAAACUCAUCGUGAUUAUCCACAUUGGACAAUUGAAUAAUCAGAGCCUACACAUCGGGAGCCGAUGUCUCUGGGAUGAAGCAAAUGACACCUUUGCCUCCUUCACCUUCAGAAACACCUCUCUGUUUGCUCUAGCCACUGUCUAUGCUAUUUAUCUCGAAUGACUGAAAGAGAUCUCUUCAUGAAUGAAGAACAGACUUCAAGUGGCCCUUUUCAAUGAAGAGAUAUAUGCAUGCUUUGGGUCUAUACAGCCUUCCAUUCCAUUCAGCAAACAUUUAUUGAGCACUGACUGUGUGCUUCUUUGAUCCUGGAUUAAGAUCUUUGGGUACAACAAUCUCCAAAAAGUAGAACUGUAAUAUUGUGCCCAGAACAAUGAAAAGACACCCAUGGGCACAGGCAGUAGCACAUAACCAACAAGGAACUCCAACGUAAGACCCCAUCCAGUAUGAAGAGAAGAUGGGCUGGUCACACAGUGAUGGCUAGAGGCCUUCCCCAGGAAUUCUUAUGAUGCCAGAAGAAACUGAAAAUGGCCUCUAGGACUUAGCUUGAUCUUACUGUGAUGGACUUAUGGGAGGAUAUGGAAUGAGAGUUGCAAUCUGCAUCAUGAGAGGAAAUAGCCACAUUAAUGAGAUCACCAAUUCCACUGGACUUUGGACUCUGUGCUAGGCAUUGAUACAAAGCACCCAGCCUGCCCCCCCAAAAAAUACCUUUCCUCAAAAAGCUUGCAUUUGGGGAAGAGGGAAGCUGAGAAAUAAUAAUAACAGAAGAACUGUUAUUUACAUAGUGCUUUAGAAAUAGAUCUCAUUUGGUGCUCACGACAAAACCCUAGGAUGUAGGUGCUAUUAUUAUUACCAUUUUACAGUUGAAGAAACUGAAGCAGAUACGGAUUCAAUGACUUUCCCAGGUUCACAGAGCUAGCUAGUGUCUGAGGCCAGAUUUUAAACUCAGGUCCUCCCAUCUCCAGGUCAAUGUUCUAUGGGUUUUUAAAUUAAUAUUCAAUAACUAAGUAUUAUAUUUUAAAGUUUUAUUAAUAAUAACUAAAAUAAAAGAACUAACUAACUCAGCUUGGAUGGCAUGGAAAGAAAGAGGAAAGAGCUACAGAACUUAUAAAACAAUAAUGUGACCACACAAACAUGGAGGCGCAGGAAAGAUUAAAGAGAAUUUUGGGAAAUACAAAGGGAUUUCUGGGGGAUGAAGUCCAAAGGUUCACAAUCUCCAUUUGUAUAAUUCGUAUUUCAAAUAGAUCUCAGAAUCCCUAGCUUCUUCCUCCAACAGGGAAUCUUUCCCAGUUCCCCUAGAUGUUAAUGCUUUCUCUCUUGUAUUGAUUUAUAUGUUUAGAUAUCAUAUCUCCCCAAUAAAAGAAUUCUUUAUCCU